AAGAUUCAUAAAAUUAAAACCAAAGGAGAAAAAGGCUAAAGCCAAAAAGGUCAAAGUAAAAGAAAACAGAACUGGGAGAAAUCACAGGACACAGAGAGAGAGAGAGAGUCAUGAAUUUGUACUUGCCUUUAGGGUUUGAUCCACACUGCAACACAACUGUUAGCUAACUCUUCUCUCUUCAUCUUUGUACCAAAAUUCACUCACAUUAUCAUUUUUUUUUUCCCAGAAAAAGGUACCAUUUAUACAAUUUCAUUUUAUGGGGUUGUUUUAGUUACUAUGUACUUGUAUCCUUAUAUUUUACUAUUAUGUACUUUCUUCAUUUGGGGUAUAGAAUUCUUGAGGGAAAAGUAUGUAAUUUUAUGACAAUCUUGGAUUUUCAUGAUGCAUGUAUAUAUGGAUUGUGAUUUCAGAGGUGUUGUAUACUUAGGUACAUUUGUUGUAUUUCUUGUAAAUGUGGUUUGUGGUGUAACAAAUCCAAAUGAUUUCAAGAUUCUGAAUGAUUUCAGAAAUGGAUUGGAAAAUCCAGAGUUGUUGAAAUGGCCUUUGAAGGGGAAUGAUCCUUGUGGUCCUCCUGCAUGGCCUCAUGUGUUCUGUUCUAGUGACAGAGUUGCACAAAUUCAGGUUCAGAGUUUGGGUUUAAAGGGUCCUUUACCACACAACUUUAAUGAACUUGAUAAGCUUGAAAAUCUUGGCCUUCAGGGUAAUAGUUUUACUGGGAAACUACCUACUUUUAGUGGAUUAUCUGAGUUGAAAUAUGCAUACUUGGACAACAAUCAAUUCGAUACGAUUCCUGCUGAUUUCUUUAAUGGUCUUAGCAGUGUUCAAGUUUUAGCUUUGGAUAAGAAUCCGUUUAAUAAGAGUGGAUGGUCUAUUCCAAUUGCACUGCAAGAUUCAGUCCAGUUGAGAAAUUUUUCUUGUGUGCAAUGCAAUAUAGUUGGACCUGUGCCUGAUUUUUUCGGAAAAUUGCCUUCUCUCACUGCUUUGAAGUUGUCAUAUAAUCGUCUAACCGGUAAGAUACCAGACAGUUUUCGUGAUUCAAUGCUUCAGAUUUUGUGGUUGAAUAAUCAAGAUAGUCCUGGAAUGACUGGCCCAAUCGACAUAAUUGGUACUAUGGAUCAGCUUAUGUUGUUAUGGCUUCAAGGGAACAGUUUUAGUGGACCCAUUCCCGAUACAAUUGGGGGUUUGAAUUCCUUGAAGGAGCUUAAUUUUAACGGAAAUCAACUCGUUGGUCUGAUUCCGCAAGGUUUGGCAAAUCUUAACUUGAGUGCACUAGACUUGAACAAUAAUAAGCUGAUGGGUCCUAUCCCAAAGUUUAGAGCUGCUAAUGCUACAUAUUCCUCAAAUUCUUUCUGUCAGACAACUCCUGGUGUUCCUUGUGCUCCUCAAGUUAACACACUUUUAGAUAUUCUUGGUGGUUGGAAUUAUCCAACCAACCUUGCUUCUGAAUGGAGUGGGAAUGAUCCAUGUACAGGUUCUUGGUUGGGAUUCAGUUGCAAUUCCAAAGGUCAAGUUACAAUUGUUAAUCUACAGAACAAGAACCUUACAGGUACGCUUAGCCCUUCACUUGCAAAUUUGGAUUCGUUGCUUGAAGUUCAUUUAAAAGGAAAUAGUUUGCAUGGUCGAGUUCCAACAAACUUAACAGAGCUAAAGUUCUUGAGGUUGUUGGACUUAAGUGGGAACAAUUUUGAUCCGCCAUUACCAAAAUUCCGGGUUAGCGUGAAAGUCAUUACAGACGGAAAUUCUCAUCUUGUUGGUAAUGUAACUGUGGUGGCUCCUCCUCCUGGUAUUAGCCCAGUUCCUCCAUUGAGCCACAGUCCUAAACCGAGUCGGGAGAUUCCAUCAGAAAGCCCGUCUCCUACGGAUAAUCAGCCAACAAUAUCUGACACACCGCCUUCCCCAGGGAAAAGUUCAGGUUCAGGCUCAAAGGCCCCUAGUGGAACCAAAGAGCUGGCCACAUCAAAGAGCCAUGUUAAGACCAUGAUCAUUACAGUUGUCAGUGCAACUUUUAUGGUCUUAGCUGUUCUUGCCGUUGUUUUGUUUUUCAAGAGCAGGAGAAAACGAGAGAAGGAUUCAGGUGGUACUGUUAUUCACCCCAAAGACCCAUUCGAUCAAGAUCACAUUGUUAAGAUCACUGUCUUAGAAGAUCCCAUGAUUUACACUGCACAGAGUGGUACUUCAACUACAACUAGUGGUGGAACAGAAGGUAGUCAAGUGAUUGAGAUUGGAAAGCUUGUCAUUUCAACCCAGGACCUUCGGAGGGUAACCAAUAAUUUUGCACCAGAGAAUGAGCUCGGUCGUGGUGGCUUUGGAGUUGUUUACAAAGGCGUAAUUGAAGAUGGAAUCCAAAUUGCAGUGAAGAGAAUGGAAUCUGCCAUUAUCAAUAGCAAGGCAUUGGAGGAAUUUCAAGCAGAAAUAGCUGUGCUUUCUAAGGUUCGGCAUCGUCAUUUGGUUUCACUUUUGGGUUACUCUAUUGAAGGAAAUGAGAGACUUUUGGUAUAUGAAUAUAUGUCAAAGGGCGCACUGAGUAGACAUCUUUUUCGGUGGAAGAUCCUGAACUUAGAGCCUUUGUCAUGGACAAAGAGACUCAAUAUUGCCCUCGAUGUUGCUCGAGGGAUGGAGUACCUUCAUAAUCUGGCACACCAGAGCUUCAUACAUCGCGACCUCAAAUCAUCAAACAUUCUUCUAGAUGAUGAUUUUAGAGCAAAAGUUUCUGAUUUUGGAUUAGUUAAACUCGCUCCUGACAAAGAAAGGUCUGUUGCGACAAGGCUUGCAGGAACUUUUGGAUACCUUGCUCCUGAGUAUGCUGUGACUGGAAAAGUCACAACUAAAAUAGAUGUCUUCAGCUUUGGGGUGGUGUUGAUGGAACUUGUGACUGGACUAACCGCCCUUGAUGAGCAUCGAUCUGAAGAAACUCGAUAUCUAGUUGAGUGGUUCUGGCAGAUAAAAUCGAAUAAAGAAAAUCUCCUUGCUUCCGUUGACCCAGCUCUUGACAUGAUGGAAGAUAUCCACAAGAGCAUCUGCACAAUGGCAGAAUUAGCUGGACAUUGCACUGCAAGAGAUCCCAAUCAUAGGCCUGACAUGUCACACGUUGUGAAUGUGCUUGGCCAACUAGUUGAGUCUUGGAAACCUGUAGAAGAGUCCGACGAAUAUUCAGGAAUUGACUACAGCCUACCUCUGCCAGAAAUGUUGAAGGACUGGCAGGAUGAAGACACCGGAGAUUUCACCCGCACUAGUCAAGAUAGCAAAGGAAGUAUUCCUGCCAAGCCAACUGGAUUUGCAGAUUCUUUUACGUCCAGCGAUGCUCGAUAGGUAAAAUUUGGUUCUGGCUACCAAAGUGCAUUGCUUCCUUACAUAAGCUUUGCUGGCAUUUAGAAAUCAAAUUUGCUUUUGGCUCGUGAAAAUUCUAUAUGGAGGCGUUGCAUUCAAUCUAUGGUGAAUAUACAGAUACCAAAUUGCCAUGAAUGAUUGAUAAAGCGAUCAAACUGGUGACGUCCAGAUACAGAGAAAAAAACCUGAGAAAUCCUUUCAGUUUUAAUGUUGCCUACAGUCAUUUGUUUUGAAUGUUGCUUAUAAAGUUAUCUAGAGUAGCUUUGUUCAAAUUGCUGCUUAAGUUAUUUACAUGACACUAUUGAGAAUCUUGUUUGUUUUCUGAGGGUAAGCUAUUUUGUGGAACAUAUGCCUGCUUUUAAGGAGAUUGUUGCUCAAAACAAUUAUGCUAAAAAGGCUUGAUUUUCUUGAUUAA